AUGCACCCAAACUCCAUGUCUUUUCUGGGCUCUCCUGGGGGCUGCAGUGGCACAUCCUACAGAACUUACUGCUACAUUCCAGUGACUUCUGCUGCUCUUUGCUCCAGUGAUGUAAGCCCCACUUUUGGGAUCUGCUUACCCAGCCGCUACCAAGGAAAUCUCUGGCUCCUGGACAACUGCCAAGAAUCCUAUGGCGAAGUGCCUGACUGUGAAUCCCCUGGCUGCGAGGUCAAGACGGAUACCACUACUUGUGAUGGGUCAAAUUUCUAUGUGCCUUGCAACUCAUCAGCAGUAGGCAAAGUCGGCGGUGGCUGCGAAACUACCAACACUGGACCCGCCCCCAGCGGUAGCCAGGGCACUCACAGCAAGGGGUAUGUAUCUGAUUGCUAUCCCAAGAAUCUCCGUGCCACUAAAGUCACCCCAACCCUUAACAGCGGCUCCAAAUACUUUGGACAACUUAACCGCAUAUCCAAGAGUUUCCAACCCCUAAACCACUACAGUGGCGGUUUUGGGUAUCGAAACUAUCACAAUCUUGGCUUUAUCCCAUCAUGUUUUAUUUCCAACAGCUACCAACCACAAAACUAUCCUCCAAGAAAGAGUUUUCAAUACUCAAAUUAUGGGCCCAUGAGGGGCCAACCGCUGAGCUAUUUUCCUAGAAAUUUCCGGUCUCUGAGCUGUUUACCAAGUACCUUCCCACCUCUGCGGUAUUUGUGCAGUGGUUGUAGACCUCUGGAUUGCUAUUAA